CCAUGCAGGGGACAGACCGUCGGUACAACCAGGGGAGGGAGGUUUCACUACGAAUGGAAUUUGAACAAAGUUCUUCUUAAAACAUUCUUACCUGUAGCGGCUAACCUUUUAUUUAUGAAUAGAGCGAUUUUUUAUUUAAAAUCUCAGUUGAACAGGGCGUCGGUUUUUCGCGUCUAUGUCGUCUUCCUCUUUUCUCGUGAGAUCUUCCUGAAAACACCUGCGUGCUUCAGGUAACUCACCAGUGAGGAGUGAAGUUUCUGGGCAGUGAGCGGCGGAAAGCUUGUCCUGCAGGGAUGUGUUCGAGUCGAGGUUUAUGCGGUGACGACAACCGUCCCAACAGAGCCUCCAGCUCAGAGGGCUCCGGCUCAGGGGCCCACUAUGCCCUGUGUGCCCUGGGAGUGGGACUCAUCGCCCUGGGCAUUGUCAUGAUCGUGUGGACCGUGAUACCCAGGGACGGAGAGGACAUCCCCAACUCAGCAGGCAACUCCACCGGUAACCCUACCACCAUCGAUCCGGAAGAGGAGGACAAAGACGCAAAAUCCUCUACAGUGGCUAUGGUGCUGGUUGGAGUUGGUGCCGCCAUGUUGCUUUUAUCCAUUUUCCUUGGCGUGAGGAAUAAUCGGAGGCGAGGCAACGCAAGCAGCCAGGCAGUGGCAACAGGAGUCCCCCUCAUGAACCAUGUGCCCGGGGAAGCUGCAGACCAGACUACAUUCAACGUGCCAAGCUACGAGGAGGUUGUUGGCAGCGAUGACUACCCCGUCCGCCACAGCAAUCUUCGCAGCAGCACUUCCCAGCUGCCGUCCUACGAGGACAUCCUAGCUGCUGUGGAAAACGAGGGUAGACAGACCACUGACAACCCCACAGAAGACGCUUCUCCGAAUGAUGCCGCAACAGCUCUGGCUGAAGCUUCAGCUGACCCCCUCUCUGACCCCCCUGGCCUCACUUCAAACCCCAGCCUGCCCACCCGCAGCACCAGCCGGGCCAGCCGUCUACUGCGGCCCCUCCGGGUGAGGAGGAUCAAGUCAGAUAAACUGCACCUGAAGCACUUCCGCCUUCAAAUCCGCACCCCCACACAAAAUCCAGUGACCAUUGAACCCAUCACCCCGCCACCGCAGUAUGACAACAAGGUGCCAGAAUUAGAGUAGUGUCUCUCGCUGACAGCGUGAUAGAGGCCCAGUAGGAGAGACACCCCUGCCAUGAGAACAUUGUCUUUAUUACUGACGCUUGUGAUCAGCAUAUUUAUUCUGUUAUAAAGCAACAUUAAGUCUCUGUGUUAAAGGUUCUGCUGUCAAAGUUGAGAUUUUGUCCUGACAUCAUUUAUGCCAAACAUGCCUUUCAGUUUUAUUUAAUAGCUAUUUGUGUGUUUUAAUGGACAAUAUUGUUAACUCAUAUAAUUGUUUUUCAUCUGACAGAAAAAGGAAAUUUUCCGGGUGGGUUGCUCCUGAUUAGUUUUGAGAAGUUUAAACCGUAUUGUUGUGAUUCAAAAGGGCUGAAGGGAAAAACAUUUCUGGAAAUUCUGCUAUUAAGUAUCAUACAGUGUGCAACCUUUAUGUGAUUGGUAAUGCACUGAGACCACAAAUGUAGAAUGUAUUGUCCAUGUUUGUUAUCGCUUGUUUUAAGUAUAUUGUCUUAAACAAACUGUUUCCUGAAAAUGAAAGCGCCCUCUGUAUGAUGUCCAGUGUGAACUGUACAAUUCUUAAAACAGUUAUAAUCUACUGUAACACUAACCAGAGAAAAACCAUUGGAUAUUCUGGUACGGAAUGGGUGAUAUCAAUGCAUUGUUUUUCAGGACUUUUUUAGUGUUUAAAUGUUUAAACUAUGCUGUAUGAUGUUUGUAAAAAAAGUGGUGAAUAAAUGUGUUUCUAUUUUA